GCGCUUCGCCUGACGCGCCGCUGGGCCCCUCGCCGAGUGGCGUGCUGCCGCCGCGGCGGCCGCGGCCGGCGCCGAGGAGGCCGCCGCGGCGCUGCGCGGGGGCUCCCCGGAGGUAUGCGGCGGAGGGGGGGGGGCGAGCUGAGCAGGCUCCUGGGGAACCUCAGGUCCACGCUGCAGGACGGCAACUACUGCACCGGCCGCGAGGCGCGGAUCACGUGGCUGGUGGCCAGGCUGUCGCCCCUGACGGGCCCCGACGCCGCGGCCGCGCUGCUGCACCCCUCGUCCGGCGCCCGGGUGCGGGCCUCCCUGCGGGAGGCGCUGGAGCGCUGGGACGAGGCGGAGCCGGACGAGCUCGCCGCCGAGGCCGCCCGCCCUGGCGGGCCCCGGGAGGCGAAGUUCUGA